AUGAAAGCUCGCAAUCGAUUUUUAAGCACAGGUGACCAGGCCGCUAAAGGGAAUUAUGGUCUCUUGGAUCAGAUUCAAGCUCUACGCUGGAUCAACAAGAAUAUUGGAUAUUUUGGUGGUGAUCCGGGCCGCGUGACCGUGUUUGGCUCAGGAAUUGGAGCGUCCUGUGUCAGUUUGCUCACUCUUUCACACCAUUCUGAAGGUUUGUUUCACAGAGCAAUCAUUCAGAGUGGCUCAGCACUGUCCAGUUGGUCAGUGAACUAUCAGCCUGUGAAAUACACACGUCUCCUCGCAGAGCGCGUUGGCUGUAAUGUCCUUGACACACAAGAUCUGGUCCUCUGCAUGCAGAAGCGUAGCUACAGGGAGCUGGUGGAGCAGGAAAUUCAGCCAGCACGCUUCCAUGUGGCCUUUGGCCCUGUCAUUGACGGUGACCUCAUCCCAGAUGACCCUGAAGUGCUCAUGGAGCAGGGGGAGUUCCUUAACUAUGACAUCAUGUUGGGCGUUAACCAGGGAGAGGGAUUCCGGUUUGUAGAAGGCGUGGUGGAACCAGAAGAGGGCGGGGUUUCCGGCUCCGAUUUUGACUUCACGGUAUCUGAUUUUGUAGAUGGUCUCUACGGUUAUCCAGAAGGGAAGGACACUCUCAGAGAGACCAUAAAGUUCAUGUACACAGACUGGGCUGAUCGAGACAAUCCCGAAACUCGUCGCAAAACCCUCGUGGCCAUGUUUACGGAUCACCAGUGGGUGGAGCCAGCUGUGGUGACAGCUGACCUGCACGCACGUUACGGUUCUCCAACUUUCUUCUAUGCAUUCUACCAUCACUGCCAGAGCCCCAUGAAACCUCCAUGGGCGGACGCCGCACACGGCGAUGAGCUGGCCUAUGUGUUUGGUGUUCCACUUAUUGGUCCAACGGAACUCUUCCCCUGCAACUUCUCCCGUAAUGAUAUCAUGCUGAGUGCUGUCGUCAUGACCUACUGGACCAACUUUGCAAAGACCGGGGAUCCAAACAAGCCAGUUCCUCAGGACACUAAGUUCAUCCACACCAAGGCAAACCGUUUUGAAGAAGUGACAUGGCCCAAGUACAGUCCUCAUGACCAGCUAUAUCUGCAUAUUGGGCUGAAGCCUCGUGUUCGGGAUCAUUAUCGAGCUACUAAAGUGGCCUUCUGGAAGCACCUAGUACCUCACCUGUACAACCUGCAUGACAUGUUCCACUACACAUCCACCACCACACGGGUCCCACCUCUUCUGACCACACACAGCUCUCACAGUGGCACACUGCGCCCAGGGGGCAACAAGGCUCGUACCCCUGGCAAACAGCCUCCCCAGUCCACUGCACGCAGUGGGCCACUAGUCAUUGCCAAUCCGCGUGAUUACUCCACAGAGCUGAGCGUCACGAUUGCUGUUGGUGCUUCACUUCUCUUUCUCAAUGUCUUGGCCUUUGCUGCGCUCUACUAUCGCAAGGACAAACGGAGUCGACAGGACACACCCCCUCAGCCUGCAACUCAGCGCCAGACCUCGCCCAAUGACCUCAGCUACACGCCCACCUCCAUCUCAGGGGGUAACCAAGAAGAGGGGUCACUGUGCGACCCGCUCCGUUUGACGCCGGCAUCCUCUCCGCGGGAUUACGCCCUCACGCUGCGCCGCUCACCGGAUGACAUCCCACUCAUGACACCCAGUUCUGUCGCCAUGACACCAAAUAGUGGCACUAUGACACCCAACACAGUAACCUUGACGCCCAAUAGUGUUACCAUGACGCCCAACACCAUUACUAUGUCACCCAAUUCUUUGAUGGGGUAUCCCAGCAUGCACCCUUACAAUACUUUCACACAUGGAUACAACUCCACCAGCCUGCCCCACCCACACUCCACAACACGUGUAUAACAUGCAACAGACACUCCAUGCGCUGACACAAAACACUCACAUCCCACAAAUCUUUACAACACAAUCACAACGAGUGAUUACUGUACACCAGAUCAAACCAGUGCAAACUGUUUACCAGUAUUCAAAAUAAUAAUAGCAGGUGAAACCAAUACAUAACAUGAGCACAAUCACCUCUGAUUUACGGCACUAGUAUGAAUCAGUACGGCCAUCCGUAUAAACCAGAACCAGAAAGAAGUGUCACCGCAACACACUAAAAUAAACAGUUUGGCUCAGUGUGAACGCACUGCUUCACGUCUGACCUUUGACAACUUUCACAUUAUAUGCGCAGUAAGGAAGCACUUCUGUGGAAUAAGAUCGACAAAAUGAGCAGAUUACUUGAAGGUGAGCUGUAGUACCGCUGCUACCUCUAAGUGGUGCUGCAAGACUCUAAAAACCCUGCAGGUGCUUGAUCCGCAAGAACAGUAGGGGGCGCUGGAGUCCCAUCAGUGGUUCACCAUUACGAACCAAGCAAGCACUUACUACGAUAUGUAAUAAUAAUAACCUGUAAUAACAAACAUAUGAAUAGCUAUUGUACAGUAUAACAUAUAUUAACGUCAAUGUACAGACAGCUUUUUUGAAUGUGUCAGAAACAAAUAUUUCUAAUCGUUUUUAAACUCGUUUUAAGAUUAUAUCCAUAGCAAAGAAGGUAAUUUGAAGCCCAGAUUGAUUUCGAAUCCAACACCUUUUUUUCUUCAUUUAUAAUCACAAAAAUGUGAUACUACAUUUUGUAUACUAUUUUAUACCACAUCUCUCUCUCUCUCUCUCUCUCUCUCUCUCUCUCUCUCUCUCUCUUUCCCUCCCCACUUUUCUCUAUGAAAAAGGAUGCAUUGUGCAUUUUACUUUUGGUAUAAUCUAUUCAUUUAGUAGAUUACGCAAACAGAUCUCACCGAGUAUUUUAAAGAACCGAGCGUGUGUGAAGAUUAUUCAUGAGCACGAGAGAGCGGAUGUGUACAAUUGUCAAGUUAAGCAUCUUUAGAUAAUUUGUGUCUUGCUAAAUGUUAUCAUUUUGUGAAAAUGCUUUUCGAUCAUUUUAAAUCUGUAUUGUAUCAGAGUUGGUUCGAUAUGUUUAGUGAAAAUUGAAAAGCAUUGCAUUUUUUUCUGUAUUUAUCAGUGAUAUGACACCACUCACGCUGUGAUAGGACAUACAGGCUUUGCUGAGAAUUUACGAUGUUAAUCUUUUCUAUAAAACAUGAAUGUGGUGAUUUGUACUGAACACAGGGCUUCUCUGAUGAAGGUCGUUCUAAAUGAUCGUGUUUACUAUGGAGCUGCACAGAGUUUGCACAGGGGAUACAGUCGUGCUGUCAUGGUGUCAGAUCCUGCCAGAUGGUUAGAUUCUCCAUGUUACCCAUGCUGACCAAUCCUGCCAUGAGUUUUGUGCCAAAUUUGCGAUACAGUUUCCUUGGUAACCAGCAGAAAGUUUGUCUGUUAACGUGUUUGUGUGAAAGUUCAACAGCUUUAUAAAAAUAAUUUGCAGUAUUUACAACCGUUUGAGUUCAUCUGGACUUUGAAGAGAAAAGACAAUGGCAACUGGAUGGGUGGAGUGGGACAACAGCAGUGUGUCUCUCCUGGAUGAGGGUGACCUGUGUGCAGCUGCUCAGGUCUGUCAGUACAACGGCUUGCAGGAGUCUUGUUCUUUUAUACUCUGUAUAUUUCUGCCUCAAAUUUGCAGUAAAUAUUGAGUUUGCCUAAAAAUCCCGCUUCUUGUUUAUCAAGAUUGAUUUGGAGUCUGCAGACUGAAGUUUUUG